CGGAGAUUUCCCGGCGACCUCCUCUGUAUUAGCUCCCGCAGUAGGGGUACACUGUUGCCUGGUACGCAGGAGUUCUCCGGACCAUCGGCACCAAAGGCGAAUGAAUUACUUAACAGAAAAGCCCUAACCACAAUAAAAAUAGCAAAACCAUCGCUGUACAAUUCACACAUACUAAUCAAAUCAAAUAUUACAAAUCUAUCAAAUACCCAAAUACACAGGUUGAAAGCGAGACACCCAAGGAAAUUCACAUGUCGCCAACACACGAUCUGCAAGACCGCCAAUACGCCGGAGUAUAACUGAGGGAAUCCGUGACAGCAAUGCGAAACCAGGGUCCAAUGCCAAGACCCGGGCUAGGGAUCCUGAGAGUGGGGACUCGGUUACAGCUAUGCCUUGGGGGGGGCGGUGCUUUAGAAUUUCUUUCUGGAAGGAGGGAAUAUUUUCAUUAUCGCAUGAUUUCAUUAGUUUAUCCUAUUUGUUUGACGGGUUUAUGGUCGGUCACUGGCUCACGUUGCAUUGCACCUGUAGACCCCAAUUCCUGUCUGAAGGGUGGUAGAAGUGAAGUGGUCGAGGUGAAGUGGAUGGAAAGCUAGCAAAGUUGCCCUAUCUUGGCAGUGGGAACUGGGGCGUCGCCGUGCCUGAUGGAUUCUGCGUAGUUUCUACCCCGGCGAUGGCCGA